AUGGAAAUGUUGGCAGAUGUCAUUUUUCUUGCCCUCCUACAUCUUGGCUUGACACUGGCAGGAGCCAGCUUUAACACUCCAUUUACCUUGCUAGCACCACCUCCCUGCCUCAGCACUCCCUUGUGGACUCACCCCGCUCAAUCGUCUCACCAAGUAGUGCUGAUCCGAAGCAAGCCUCAACUGACCACACAAAGUACACAGCUUCAGCUUGGAAAGGCAAUCCUCCAAAGCAAACCCUGCCAUAGGAAUGGAGCCAGGCCCACCCACCCACACACUUGCAACUGUUGCUGCCAGGCUUCUCAGGCAGCUGCACUGGCGCUAACCUCACUUACCAACAACCCUACAAAACAUGCAGCUAAGCCUCUCAGCAAGCCAUGCCAGGAGCCAAUCCUGCUAAUGGGUGCACCCACAGUAGACAUAGUUAGUCAGUGCAUCCAGCUGCACUGGGAGCCAACCCUCCCACCUGUGCACCCAAACCCCCAAAAUAUGUCCAAUGACACUGAGUUUCAGCUGCUAGGAUUCCAGAAAAUUUUUGAAUGCCAGACAUUGGCUUUUGCCAUUUCUCUGUUCAUCUACUUUCUCAUGAUCACAGGGAAUAUUGUCAUUAUUGCAGUGGUGAGCCAAGACCAGCGACUAUACUCAUCUAUGAAGAUAUUGCUCAACUAUCUUUCCUUUCUGGAGAUCUGGUAUACAUCCACUAUUGUGCCCCUUUUCUUAGCCAUUUUUCCUCCCAUGGCCAAGCAAUCUCCUUCCCUGCCUGUACAGAUGGCACAGCUUCAUUUCUUUGUGUUCUUUGGUGAUACUGAAUUCUUUUUUCUGGCCAUGAUGGCCUAUGACUGAUAUCUGGCCAUCUGCAACCCACUCGACUACUCUUCCCUGAUGAAUCCUGAGAUCUGCACCAGGUUGGUGGCAGUCUCCUGGUUGACAGGUGUUGGCACAGGAUUUCUGCCCUCCCUAAUGAUUUCCAAGUUGGAUUUCUGUGGUCCUAACCAGAUGAAUCAUUUCUUCUGUGACCCCUUUCCCCUCAUGCAGCUCUCAUGUUCCAGUGUGUAUAUCACCAGGAUGACCAUCUUUAUCCUGUCAAUUGUAGUGCUGUGCAUUUGCUUUCUUCUUACACUUGUGUCCUAUGUUUUCAUUGUGCCCACAGUAUUGAGAAUACCUUCAGCCUCUGGCCUGAUGAAGACCUUUCCCACAACUGGAUCCCAUGUGGCUGUUGACUACUGUGGGACCAUGAUCUCCAUGUAUGUUCACCACAAUGACCACCUGUCACCUGAAAUCAACAAGAUCAUUUUUGUCUUCUACACUGUGGUGACCUCUCUGUUGAACCCUGUUAUCAAUAGCUUGAGGAACCAAGAAUUCAAAGAUGCUGUUAGAAAAGAAAUGAAAAAAAAGUGUGGUAUCUAUGGAAUAAGAGUGAAGGGGAGUUUGCACGCUGGACCACCUACCAGAUUUGGGAAUUUGGCUUGCAAGCCUCCAUAA